GUGCAAAUACUCUACAGUGUGUUCUGAGUGGGAAAGAGACAAUCUGACUGUAGAUGACUGGAGCAAAGCUCCUGCAAAACCGCCUGAAACUAGAGACCGGUUCUUAAAACAUCUAUAUGAUCUGUCAAAGUGCAAAUAUUUUGCAAAUUGUUCUGAGUUUCACGUACUCCAGAGAAUAGUUGGCUGUAAAGUGGUGAAACUUCCUAAUGGAACAGUGACGAAUCUGAAGGCUUUUGAUGAGUAUGCAUACGAUGGAAUAGAUCUCCUUAACUUUCAUUACAACCACCCGCUUCCGUGGAUGGAUAAAGACAUAGAAACCAAAAUGGAUCAUCAAACUGGACGAAACCCAUUCCUCAUGGAUUUCCUCAACAACUGCACUAAGUGGAUCUCCACAUUUAACAACACAUAUAAGACUCCACCAGAUGUUCGUGUCUUUGCAAGAAAAGCUCCUGAUGAUCACAGUAAGCUGAAUCUGAGCUGUCUGGCCACUGGUUUCUACCCAAGAGAUAUUGAGAUGAACAUUAGAUUGAACAGAAUUAACACUGAAAACCAAACGUCAUCUGAAAUCAGACCAAAUGAUGAUGAAACCUUUCAGCUGAGAACCAGUGUGAAGAUCGACAGAAACCACAAAGGAUCUUAUAGCUGUUUUGUCAUUCACAGCAGCCUGACAGAACCAGUUUCAGGAGAAUGGGAUGGAAAAUGUUCUAACUGUGACCCAGACCCUCCACGGUCUGCUGCAGCAAGUGUAUUAGUAGCGGCAUUUCUAGUUUUUCUUCUUGUGAUUGGUUGCUGCAUCUACAAAAGGAGAAGAUCAAGUGGUGAGUUAUAAAUAUUUAGCAUGAUC